CUCUCUUCCAUCCUCCUUCUCUCUUGCCUGUCCCUCUUACUUCGACUUCGACAAGUGAGGGAAUUCUGACCUCAUCACUGCGGGACAUCCACCACUCUUUCAUCAACACACAAACCGCAGACAUGGCCUCCGUCAUCAAGGACGCACUGCCAUCGCGCCUGAAGCCAGGCAAUGGCGAGGCCGAGGGCCGUCACCACGGCAAGUCUCAAUCCCACGUGGCUUUCGAGAACACCUCCACAUCCGUUGCUGCAUCCCAGAUGCGCAAUGCCCUCAACAACUUGGCAGACGGUGUCACCGACCCAAAGGAGAAGAAGCGAUUCGAGACCGAGAUGGACAACUUCUUCGCUCUCUUCCGCCGCUACUUGAACGACAAGGCCAAGGGCAACGAGAUCGACUGGAACCGCAUUGCUCCACCAAAGCCAGAGCAGGUCGUUGACUACAACAGCUUGGGCAACUCCGAAUCUGUCGAGUUCCUGAACAAGCUUGCCGUCCUCAAGCUCAAUGGUGGUCUCGGUACCUCCAUGGGCUGUGUUGGUCCCAAGUCUGUCAUCGAGGUCCGUGAGGGCAUGUCCUUCCUCGACCUGUCUGUCCGCCAGAUCGAAUACCUCAACCGCACAUACGACGUCAACGUCCCAUUCGUGCUGAUGAACUCCUUCAACACCGAUUCCGACACCGCUUCCAUCAUCAAGAAGUACGAGGGCCACAACAUCGACAUCAUGACCUUCAAUCAAUCGCGAUACCCACGUAUCCUCAAGGACUCGCUCCUCCCUGCCCCCAAGUCCGCCGGUUCGAAGAUCGCCGACUGGUACCCACCAGGACACGGUGACGUUUUCGAAUCGCUCUAUAACUCCGGCAUCCUCGACAAGCUCCUCGAGCGCGGUGUCGAGAUCCUUUUCUUGUCCAACGCAGACAACCUCGGCGCCGUCGUCGAUCUGAACAUCCUGCAGCACAUGGUGGAGUCAAAAGCAGAGUACAUUAUGGAGUUGACGGACAAGACCAAGGCCGAUGUCAAGGGUGGUACCAUCAUUGACUACGAGGGCCAGGCUCGUUUGCUCGAAAUUGCUCAAGUGCCAAAGCAAUACGUCAACGAGUUCAAGAGCAUCAAGAAGUUCAAGUACUUCAACACCAACAACAUCUGGAUGAACCUGCGUGCCGUCAAGCGCGUGGUGGAGAACAAUGAGCUCGCCAUGGAGAUCAUCCCCAACGGCAAGAGCAUUCCAGCGGACAACAAGGGCGAGGCGGAUGUUAGCAUCAUCCAGCUCGAGACCGCUGUUGGUGCUGCCAUCAAGCACUUCCACAACGCUCACGGUGUCAACGUGCCGCGUCGCCGCUUCUUGCCAGUCAAGACAUGCUCCGAUUUGAUGCUCGUCAAGUCCGAUCUCUACACGCUGAAGCACGGUCAGCUGGUGAUGGAUCCUAACAGAUUCGGUCCCGCACCACUCAUCAAGCUUGGUGGCGACUUCAAGAAGGUCUCCAACUUCCAGUCCCGCAUCCCGUCGAUCCCCAAGAUUCUCGAGCUCGACCACCUUACCAUCACUGGUGCCGUCAACCUCGGCCGCGGUGUGGUGCUCAAGGGUACCGUCAUCAUUGUGGCCACCGAGGGCAGCACCAUCGACAUUCCACCUGGAUCGGUGCUCGAGAACGUGGUCGUGCAGGGUAGCUUGAGGCUGCUGGAGCACUAGACUGGUUCUUCGCCUCAAUAGCGCGAUGUCAGUUGCAUGGUGCUGGUUGAUUGUACUGGCGUCACGGAACAUGGGAUCUCGGGACUUCAAUCAAAGACAUAGAUGCGGCAUGAGUGUGUGUGAUUAGAGCGUCAGAAAAGGUCAGUCAGUAGAUCUGACGACCAGCAAGCGGUUUUUUGCAUGAGAUACUACUACCGGAGGCUUACUCCCAGCUACGACAAUGGAAUGAAGAUGUUAAUAUGGUUCGACAUUGGUUCUCUCUUCCGCGUAUUCUCUUUCUCUUCACCCAUUGCCUGACGUUGGUUCUGCCGAUUGCAUAUGCUCUUGCGUUGGAGACUGAUGUGCGAUGACGUAGGCCACAAAAGCUGCACAUGCCACUGUACUUGUAUGUACUUACACACAGCCACAUCUGUAGGUCAAUCAUUGGAGACGAAGAAAAGUGCGUCUUGCAGCAAAUUGUCUUUCACACCCA